CGGAGUCUCACAUACUACAAAUUCACAUCUGCAGCAUCUGCACUCACCUCUCCUCACUUCUGCCACUGACCCAAGAAGAAGCUACCUUCAAAAACCACUAAAACAUGACAUCCUACACUGACAAAGGUGAAAAGCAUGAGCAGGGCAAGUUUGUCUGCUUUGAUCAUCUCACUUUCUGGGUUGGAAAUGCCAAACAGGCAGCAUCUUACUACUGUAACAAGCUGGGUUUUGAGCCCGUGGCGUAUCGUGGGCUGGAGACAGGUAGUCGUGAUGUUGUGUCUCAUGUGGUGAAACAGGGGAAGAUAAUUUAUGUCUUCACUUCUGCCUUGAAUCCUGGUAAUAAAGAGAUGGGAGAUCACCUGAUAAAACAUGGAGAUGGUGUCAAAGAUGUAGCUUUCACUGUAGAGAACUGUGACUUCCUGGUAGAGAAAGCGAGAGAACGAGGUGCCAUCAUCAUUAAAGAGCCUCACGUUGUGGAGGAUAAGUUUGGCAGGGUGAAGCUCGCAGUGCUGCAGACAUAUGGUGAUACCACUCAUACAUUUGUAGAGCGGGCAGGAUAUAAUGGGAUCUUCCUCCCAGGAUUCCAUGCUCCUCUGUUCUGCGACCCUUUCUUAGCAAAACUGCCAAGCGGGAAGCUGGACUUCAUUGACCAUGUGGUUGGAAAUCAGCCAGACAGUGAGAUGGUGCCAAUAGUGGAGUGGUAUCAGAGGAACCUGCUGUUCCACAGAUUCUGGUCUGUAGAUGACAAGCAGUUGCAGACUGAAUACAGUGCACUGCGCUCCAUAGUAGUGGCCAACUAUGAAGAAACUGUGAAAAUGCCAAUUAAUGAACCAGCCAUGGGGAAGCGCAAGUCCCAGAUUCAGGAGUAUGUGGAGUACUAUGGUGGUGCAGGGGUUCAACACAUCGCCAUGAACACCUCUGACAUCAUCACAGCAAUCCGUAACCUAAAGGAACGUGGUAUGGAGUUCAUGACAGUGCCUGACACUUACUACCAGCAGCUCAGGGAGAAGCUGAAGCUUUCCAAAGUCAAAAUUGUUGAAGACAUCAGAAUAUUGGAGGAACUUAGAAUUUUGGUGGAUUUUGAUGACAAUGGCUACCUACUCCAGAUCUUCACCAAACCGGUACAGGACAGGCCUACAGUGUUUCUGGAGGUCAUCCAGAGACACAACCACCAAGGGUUUGGUGCUGGAAAUUUCAAAUCUCUGUUUGAGGCUAUUGAAGCAGACCAGAAUGCCAGAGGAAACCUCAUCAUCCUUACACCUAAUGGCACAUCACAGAAACUCUGACUUGGCUCUAACUGUUUACAGUAAAUGCAUGGUACACAUAUUUAGAAAUAUGCAUAAUAAACUCUAAUGUUUUACUUAAUCAUAUUUUUAGUUUUGCUUUUAAGCAUGUGCCAAUAUAUUUUGUACCCAAGUGUUUCUGCAACUACAGACACAUCUGACCUUGUGGACCUUUAGAAAAAUCUAAAUGUUUCAUUUACAUUUUAUCUCAAAUUAUAUCAUGUUUAAUGCCAUUUUGUGGUUGAAAUUAUAUUAUAAUAUGGUAGUGGAAAUUAUAUUUUUGGAAUAGAAUUCAUUGUUUUACAUAUCCUGUCUUUUUACAAGUGCUGUAUGCAUAAUUUUCAAAAUUACACCUUGAUUGGAAAUGAAGCACAAUAAAAAGAUUCGUUUCAUGAGAAUAGAACCUUUUUCUUGGAUUUUAACACAGCACACUGAAAUCUCGCUGAAAAAAAUGCCACAACAGUUCACAACGAGAGUCAUAAUGCAUGCCUAUAUAUUUUGUGUAUUUAAAAAUCUAU